AUGGCAGAGCCUAUUACAAAAGUGCCAGUAGAAAUGCCAUACCUAGUUGCUUCAACCACUAACACACUAACAGAUAUCACUACUUUAAUUACUGGAACUUUAGAGAGUCUAAGUUCUAGUGAUGAGGUGAACUACUUUGAACCAGUUUCCAUAAUCAUGUUUCCUCGAUUGAAUUAUGAGUGCACUUUUGAUUCCAGAGAUUGCAAUACUCGAGUGACUGCAGCUCAGGAAAGAAGAAUUGCCUUCCUUUUGCAUGUUGGAAACUACCUACCUUUCAAUCCCAACACAACAUGGAUUGGAGAAGGAAAAUGGGAUGAUAAGAAGAAUCGGCUGUUCGUUUCUGUUUGCCAAAUUUUAGACAUCAGAGAAUCUUGGUCUGAUGCUCGUGUUGGUGAUUGCACUACAAGGUUGAGCUUUACGUUCCCUGCAAUCUUGUCUAUAAGAGAGACUAGCAGGGCAAUGGGGAAAAUUUGGACCACAAAAGCUGCAAAUGAUUCUGGUUACUUUGAUAGGAUAUUAUUCCGAAGUACUGAGAAUCAUUUGAAGGGGGUUCCAGGUAAGAAAUAUCCAAGUGGCCAUUCCACUGAUAUGAAAUUUGGCGUGUUACUUAAAAAUUCUGAAAGAAAAUAUGGAUGGUGUAUGGCAGUUCCUCUCGCCAUUGGUGACCAGUUAUACAAGCAGUAUUUGUAUCCAAAUGCUCCUCCUAGCUUCAUGUUUGAAAGAGCGGUGCCUGCAAGCUGGAUAGAAAGUAGGCCUAUCAAUGUUAGCUAUGUGGCGAGCAUCACAUUGCAAACUCCUACCAAUGCAAUUGAUGGAGUUUAUUUUUCUUAUCUAAAUGAAGAGAAAGUGGAGAUUACUGCUGAAGGGGUUUAUGAUUCUGAAACUGGAAAGUUGUGUAUGGUUGGUUGCAGAAAGUUGGGGUCUAACAAUCAAGUGUUCGAAAAUGCUUCUGUGGACUGUGAAAUUCUUUUGAACUUUCAGCUUGCUCCAUUAGAGCCAAAUAAAAAUGGAGGAGAUAUCACGGGAAGCAUUGAAAGUACAAGAAAAGAAUCUGAUCCUCUUUACUUUGAUCGUCUCGAUGUGUUUUCAGCUGCCUACAAAACCGAUCAGGGAAGAAGAUCAGUUCCGACGAUGGAUCUUGAGACUAAAAUGGUUUUAAUAUCUAACUUACUAGUAUGCUUCUUCGUAGGAUUGCAGCUUUAUCAUGUGAAGAAAAACCCAAAAGUGCUCUCUUUGAUUUCACUUGUUAUGCUUGUGAUCCUUACCUUGGGCUACAUGAUUCCUCUUGUGUUAGACUUUGAAACCUUGUGCUCAAAUAAGCAAGAUCAAGACAAGGUUUUGUCUCAUGGUGAUGGAUGGUUUGAAUUAAAUGAAGUGAUUGUGACAGUAGUUAUGGUUGUUGCUUUCUUAUUGCUACUACGCCUUUUCCAGUUAACAAUUUCAGCUAGAUCACAUGAUAGCAACCAAAAGUGCUUGUGGUUUGCUGAGGAAAUGACCCUAGUUGUGAUUGCGUAUCUAUGUGCUGCUGGUGCCAAAAUUACUCUGCUUGUCGCCUCGGAGAAGUACAGACCAGAGGAUACGUUACUCCUCUCUUCUUCUAUAGAGUACCAGCAUCGUCCCAUUUGCAAUGACUUAAAAUCAUUUGCAGAUUUACUCUUAGACAGUUUUCUUUUGCCUCAGAUACUCCUCAAUAUGUCCUCAAACUCAAAACAGAAUGCUCUCAGUUGUUCAUUCUAUGUUGGAACCACUUUUGUUCGCUUGCUGCCACGAGCAUAUGAUCUUUAUCGUGGCCACAGUUAUGUUCUCUAUAACAUAUUACACUUUUCUGUGAAUCAUGACGAAGAUUUUCUCUCUGCUGCUUGGGAUGUCAUUAUGCUUCUGGAGCUCCUGCUGCUUGCUGCAAUCAUUUACUUUCAGCAGAAGUUUGGUGGUCAUUGCAUUCUUCCCUCUAGACUUAGAGAGUUGGAAACAUAUCCGGAGGAGGUCCCAUUUGUAAGUGAAUCAUCAAGACCAAAGAAAAUGAGUGCCUGA